AUGGUAUCAGAGCUGGUUGAGGCGUGAAGCAUUGCAAGGAAAAGGACAUGCCUUCCAUCAAGUAGAAGCAAGCAUUUAGGAGGUCAGUCGACAGCAAUUCUUGAUUUCAAGAAUCAAGAAACAGGAGAUGCCUAUGGGCCAAGAAGCUUCUGCAUCCAACUCAGUCAUGACAACAAUUGUUGGUGGCCGAGACAAAAUAAUGUAUGCACUGCUAAGUAUUCCUGAGUGCUUAAAAUUUAACGGUACCAAUCUGUACCAAUGGGAGAAAUUUGUGGAGUUAACCCUUCUUGGAAGAGGUUUGUCAGAGCAUCUAAUUAAUGAUCCUAUUGGUAUGAAUGAUUCAAAUUACAAACUUUGGAAAUCUGAGCAAGCCUUUAUUCAUUCAUGGCUCCUUGGAACUAUGAUAGUAGAAAUGUGUGAUAACUUUCUUUAUAUGACUACCGUGAAAGAAUUGUAA